UUGCACGAGCUCGGCUACGCCAUUGGUGGCUACUACACGCAAGCGAGAUACGAUCGUGACAAUUUCAUAGCACUUCGUUUGGAGAACGCCAGGGAUGGUUGGGAGCACCAUUUUGCAAAGGAAUCUGAACGUACCAACUACAACUACAUCAGCUACGACUACGGAACUGUUAUGCCUUACGGAGCAACUGCGGUGGCCAAAUUUUCAGUGUUUGAGGUUUGUGUGUCCGCAACUGAGUUGAUUAGAAACGACGAAUAUCUACUGCUUAACGUACCGUCUGGUUCAACGAUUGAAGUGAUCUUCCAAAACUACACACAGAAUUUGGCUUACGACGGAUGCGUGUGGGACGGUGUUAAGAUUAAAACCUUAAAAAAUCAACGCCAUACUGAUUAUAGAUUCUGCUCUCCGGAUUACUAUGGAACUUCUCUAAUCUCCACCACCAACAUGGUUCCUGUGAUUACUUAUAGCAUUGCGUUCGAAAUCACAUCCAUACUGCGCUAUCGAAUCCGUAAUGCUUUCAUCUGCACCUUUUAA